AUGAAAGGAAGUCCCGCCACAUACCCAAAGUAUCAGGACACAAAUACUUGUCGCAAUGCGCCCGCUGGUAAUUCGCCUGGUAAAUCGACGGGUCGCUGGGCACAUUCGGGUGCUGUUGCUGGCCGUGGCCGCGGUGCUGGUGCUGUUCUUGUUGGUGACCGUGCCCGUGUCCGCCGAACAUUUGCACAGCUGCGGCAGCCUUUGACGAGGGCUGCUGCCAACAGCUGCCACUCCGUCUGCCGGUUACCCACCACCCACUCCUCCGUCUCGGCGACCGCAAUCCUCUCCGAGCAGUUCGCCCACCUCCGCAUCGGCCCAACAAGUAGCAAUGUUGCCGUCCAGGGUCGCCGUUAUGCCAGUGUCAAGUCCCAGGGUGCCUACAAGCUCAAGCCCAAGAAGACGAUCCCCAAGAAGCUCGGCGCAAAGAAGACGGGUGACCAGUACGUAAUCCCCGGCAACAUCAUCUACAAGCAGCGCGGCACACUAUGGCACCCCGGCGAGAACACCAUCAUGGGCCGCGACCACACCAUCCACGCCGCCGUCGCCGGCUACGUCAAGUACUACCGUGACCCCCAGCGCCACCCGGACCGUCAGUACAUCGGCGUCGUCUUCAACCGCAACGACAAGCUCCCUUACCCCCAGGACGCCCCGCGCAAGCGCAAGCUCGGCCUCGUCGCCAUGCCCCGCAAGGUCGAAGAGGUCGAGAAGCCCACCGUGUCCGCCUCCGGCCUUCCCCUCUGGGUCACCCGCCACGAGACCAUCGAGAUCCCCCCACCAGCAGUGACGACGCCCGCUGCCGCCGGCAAGGAAGUCAAGGGCAAGGGCGCCCGCGUAACAGCCUCCGGCGCCGCCGCCGUCCCUGCCUCCAGCAGCAGCACCAUCUCCGCCUCCUCGUCAAACAACGGCGGCUCCUCCGUCAUCGCCGAACUCAUCAAGGAAAAGCUCGCCGCCCGCGCCGAGUACAACGCGCGACAAUCGGCUCUGCGCAAGCUGCAGCAGCAAAAGAUGCUCGCGCGCCGCGGCACGCGCGUCCUGCGCCUGAUGAACAACUACUCGUACCGCGAGACCAACUGGGAGAUUGGUCGCUUGAUCGGCGACCCCGGUUCCGUGCCCGGUACCGAGAAGAUCGGCAGCAGAAAGGCCAAGUUCCGCGCGCGCAGGAGGAGAAGAAACACUUUCUUGCUCGGCAUCAAGGAGCGGAAGCUGGCCAAGGCGGACAGACGCGAGGAGUACAGGAGACGUGUGCGCGAGAAGAGGGAGCAGAGGUUGGUGCAGAGGCAAGAGUUUUUGGCGAAGCAGAGGGAGGCCAAGAAGGCUAGGGAGGCCAAGGAGGGUGGUGCUGCUGAGAAGGUUGAGAAGAAGGAGGUGAAGGCUGAGAAGCCUGCUGCUGCCCCCAAGGUUGAGGAGAAGAAGGCUGAGAAGCCCAAGGCUCCCGAGGUCAAGAAGGAGAGCAAGCCCAAGGUUGAGGAGAAGAAGCCUGCUGCUGCUGCUGCUGCUGAGAAGCCCAAGGCUGAGGAGAAGAAGAAGGCUGCUGAGCCCAAAAAGGACUCCAAGACCGAGAAGAAGGAGUAA